AUGUCAACUGACGUUUCGGCUCAGAGUCCUUCAAAGCUAUGGUGCUUCAUAAAUGAUAUCAAAGGUCUCAAUUGGAAAACUGUAACGGAAGAAGAUGUGCCCCAGCAAGACAUACGGGGCAAAUGGGCGAUCAUUACAGGGGCCAACAAUGGAAUCGGGUUGGAGACUGCGAAGACCCUUGCAAAAUGGGGCGCAAAUCUGAUUUUUGGGUGCCGAGAGCCGCCCAAAUGGGAGACAUCCCCUUCUGUUGCUGUAGAACAAUGUAUUGAAUUGGCUAAAUCUGCGGGUCACUCUUCAAUUAUCGAAUGGUGGCCAAUCAACAUGACCGACAUGGAUAGCAUUGAUGCAUUUGCCCAAAAGUGGCUCGACACCGGCCGAGCUCUGGAUAUUCUCUUCAAUAAUGCUGGGAUGGCUCCACACUCUGCAGAUGAGCAGCUUGCAACCAAUGAUGGGUUCCAGAUCGUGCACCAGGUCAAUCUUCUCUCUCAUGUUCUUCUGACCUACCGAGUACUUGAUUCCCUGGCUCAAAGCGCGCAGCCGAGAAUUGUUUGCAGCGUUUCAUCCAAGCUAUUUGAAGGUCACUUUGACCCUGAAAAUAUGAAUCGCUGCGAGGAACUGCCCAUCCACGCAAGAGGACACUUGUAUGCAAACAACAAGCUGUAUCUCCAAACUUGGAUUGGAGAGGUCCAGCGCCGUUUCUUGUUGCAUGAGAAGUACCGUCAUAUUACCAUCAACGGUACACACCCUGGAUUUGCGCAUUCUGGUAUUUGGAACUUCUCGGAAAAGAACAACGUCACGACCUACGCAGGAGCUUUGAAGAAGUCAAUCAACGAAUUUCUGGUGCGCAACAUUGGCAUUUCCAUCGAGCAAGCCAGCUUGUCUCUGAUUAAUUUGGCCACCAACCCAAAAUUCGGGCCGAAUCCAGACCUUCAGGGGGUAGGAGAGCAGGGCGCAUCUGGAGGAGGCAAUUACUUCAAUCGUAUCUGGAAGGAGGUACAGAUGCCAUAUUGUGAAGACCCUACUUCCAGACUGCAAGUCUGGAGUAAGGUGAAUGAAGAACUGCUUUCGGUUCGAGAGAAUUUGCAUGCACUCGAUGAGCUCAAUUCUAAGAGCUAG